AUGAACUCCAAGAUCAAAUCACAAACCUUGAAGCAGAUGGAGUUGGUACUAAGCAAGCUGCCUGGAGAUAAGUGCAUGCUCGUAGAUCCAAAUUUAAUUAGGCCACUGGAUAGGGCUACGUCAAUGAAAUUCCUGUCGGCACUUAGUGUAUGCAAGGUAUACAAAAUCCAACAACUUCCGCCGGAAGCUUCGUUCAGUCGACUUGUCUACGUCAUUCCACCGAGCAUGCGCGCCCUGGAAGUAAUUUUCAACCAUGCGGAAGUUGACAGACAAAAUAACAUCAAACGGACUCGACUUGUGGUCUUUGUACCUAAACAGGUUAGUUUUAAGUCCUCAUCUACCUUCCACACGUCCAUAUUUUCCCGGAUAUUAAGGGACACCAGACAGCCUAGUAGAAACUUAAACACUACUAGACGGAUUCUAUGA